AUGCGGCCACCGAAGAUUCAUGCGCUCAAACAGAUUCUCAGUGGCCAGCUAUGCGGUGAUAACAUUCCUAAUGGCCACAUCAUGACGAAAGAUGGUGGUGGUCGCGGGGGCGGACGUGGAGGCUAUUGUCUUCGAGGUGGAUUUUGGUUCGGCCGCGGUGGGUUCAGCAGUGGCAGGAGAGGAGGCUGUGAAGGCGGUCGUGGAGGGUCUAGUGGUGGUAGAGGAGGACACGAUAGCGGGUGA